AUGUGGAAGUUUUGGCUUGCUACCCUACUCGGCGUGGGUCAUGCCUCGCAGACUGUGCUCCGACCAGAGCCCUCGGGGUCGAACUUCACCACGUUUCAAAGUCCAAAUUCACCCCAUUCAGUACGCAUCCGACAACAAAACGAGUCUAUCUGUGCCGCGGGAUCUGCACAGUACACAGGAUGGUUAGAUAUUGGCCCGAAGCACCUGUUCUUCUGGUACUUCGAAAGCCAGAAUGAUCCGAUCGCCGACCCACUAACGUUGUGGAUGAACGGUGGGCCCGGAGGCUCUAGUAUAAUGGGCCUGCUUGAAGAAAACGGGCCAUGCCUCAUAAACGAGCACGGCAAUGGAACCGUUCACAAUCCAUGGGGCUGGUCUCGAAAUUCAUCAUUGCUUUUCGUCGACCAGCCAGCCGAUGUGGGCUGGUCUUAUAUUGACGAGGGCUAUGAGGUCGCGCGCGAUUCUCAAGAGGCUGCGGUUGACAUGCACCGUUUUCUUCAAAUCUUUAUAUCUGAGAUCUUCCCACACAAACGCUUCUCGGAUUUCCAUAUCUCCGGUGAAUCUUAUGCAGGCAAAUACAUCCCCUAUCUCGGGGUUGAGAUCGUGACUCAGAAUCAGCAAUAUCCUUCAGAGCCCCAGAUCAACCUCAAGUCAUGCCUGAUAGGUAAUGGAUUUAUGUCAUCCAAGGAUAUCACCUUUGGGUACUGGGAGACACUUUGCACGACCAAUCCUGGCGUUUCCACGCCGGUGUUCAAUCAAACCCGGUGCGAUAUGAUAGCUGCCAACAUGCCGCGAUGCAUGGAGCUAUACGAUACUUGCACCGUAAAGCCCGACGUUGCAAUCUGCACGGCAGUAUAUUCCGUUUGCUACGAAGAAAUCGUUGGUCUGUAUGAGGAGGAGAGCAAGAAAGGAGGCCGUAAUCGGUUCGACACCCCGUGCGAGAUAGAUGGUGUGUGCUACAAAGAAGCAGCUUAUAUUGAGCAGUAUCUGAACUCCCCCGUGGUUCGAGAAGCCCUUUCGCCACCGCAGGGGAAGGAGUACAGAUUUGAGUCCAGCGCCGUGGCUGACGCCUUUGCAACAACGCCGGAGGCGAUGACGUCUUCAUCCGACCAUAUCAUUUUCCUACUUUCUCAUGGGGUCGAUUUCCUGGCCUACCAAGGAAACCUUGACCUAGCUUGCAAUACAGCAGGAAACCUCCGGUGGGCUAACUCGCUUGCCUGGAAGGGACAGACCGAGUUUACAUCAAAGCCGCUGCUUCCUUGGACUUCAAAUAUCGCGGGACGUAUUGAACCGGUCGGCACUGCAAAAGAGGUUCGUGUGCAGUUGGACGGGCUGGCAGAGAAAUCGCGGUUUGCAUUUGUGACGGUUGAUGGGGCGGGUCAUAUGGUUCCUCAGGACCGCGGUGAUGUGGCCCUCGAUAUUUUGACCAGAUGGAUUGCGGGUGAUUCCUUUGCUUAG